AUUCACUCUGUACUGAUAGUACUAGCUUGCUUCGGAUCUCGAGCCACCAAGCUCUGCUCCCGCGAAUAUGUCUACGGUGACCCCUGCCUACCUCGACCAGAGGCUCCCGCCGCCAACCGCUACUUCAGAGAGGCUGCCAUCGCGGGAGCCAAAGCCGCAGCCGUCGCUGCCGCAGUACCCACCCUGGCGAGUGUGAAGAUGCUGCCGUGGGCCAAGGCACAGCUGAACCCAACCGGGCAGGCCCUCAUCAUUUCCACCGUCGCCGGGAUGGCCUACUUCAUUGUCGCCGACAAGACCAUCCUCUCCAUGGCCAGGAAGCACUCCUUCGAGGACGCACCGGAGCACCUCAGGAACACCUCCUUUGACUAAUUAGACCAUAACAGAUCCAUUAUUAGUGCGCAAUAAACCGUGUACGCCGGUCGCCGGUCGGCUUGUACCUGUCUGCUGAAGCCUGAAAGAUGCUCUGCUCUGAAUGAUACACUAGUAUAAUGUUCAGCGAGAGGGGCGAGGCGAUGCAGAUCAGGCCUUGCGCUUCUAUCCGUGCAAGCACUUAUCGGAUGAUGAAGUUACCAUGUAAUCCAGCCAGUAUUUUCUUGAAUUAA